AUGAUCAACCAUCGGAUUCCGUUGAAAAUACUGCCAACGGUAGUCGUGGCGAUUGUCUUCCUAGCUGAAGGAUUGUGCCUACCAGCCCAUUCGAAAAACAUAAUAUUAGAAGACGAGGUGAGUACUGUCCCGGCUGUCGAAGGUGACCGGUUAAACAUAAAAUGCGAUUAUUCAGAAGCCAAUAAGAUCUCUAAAGUCCAAUGGACCAAAGAGUCAGACGAUGAAACUCCGUUCGACUCACCGAGCAUAUUGUCAAACAAAUUGCAAUGGUUGCGUUUCAAGAACGUGAAGCACUCCGAUCACGGACGAUAUUCUUGCUUGAUCAGUGGUUUUACCGAGAACGGAAUGUUUUCCAAAUGGCGUAAUUUUACAUUGAUAACGUACAAAAGGUCGGAAGUUACCGGUAAUGGAAAAUCUAUGAAAUUGACAUCGCCUCUGAGCCUUUCACACCGAAAGGAGGGAGCCAAACCGAAAUUUAUCAACAGACUUUUCAUGGAUAACAACGUGGCGUUGUUAGUAGGCGACAUUCUAACUCUGAGUUGUCCCUUCGAGAGUACAUCAGAUGUAGUGUUUUCUUGGUAUAAAAACGAUUCAUUACUCGUCGAAGGGGAUGCAGACGUUAAUAAUUACACUUCGAGUCAAGUAAAAUUGUCAGACGCGGGAAAUUACACUUGCGUGGUGAAAAACGAGUUCGGUUCUAUCCAACAUAAAUUCAAUGUGGAUGUUUACGAGGACCAAAACAAAUUGCCUCUCCUGGUCGAAUAUCCACACAAUUUGACUUUGAAGCCUGGGGACACUGCACGGUUUUCUUGCAAAACUUUUGAUCAAUUGCAUACAAAAGUUGACUGGUACUUUUUGAAUGGUACAAAUCCACGGGACAUCGAGACCGAGGACCUUUUACUAUCUACAAAGAUGGUCAACAGCCACAACGUUAAGUUGUUUAAUGGUGUAUUAAUACUCGAAGGCGUCACAAUUGAUGACGUUGGAUGGUAUGUUUGUUAUACAAACGGAUCUAAAACGCGUGUAAUGACUGGUGCUAAAUUGGAUGUGGACAAAAGUUUGAUUAAUGAUGCAAAUGACCAAGACUCUGGAAUCGAAGUAGAAGAUGGGGAAAUUAUCGACAGUACAAGAAAAAUCGGUUUUUUCAAUGCAACAGAAAAUUCCACUGCUCCUAAAUUCACAAAACUUGAUAGCAUGCACAGAGUGAUCGCAAAGCCCGCAGGAAAUAUGUUGAAAUUGAAAUGUGUAGCUGAAGGUAAUCCUUUACCGAACGUAACAUGGUACAAAGACGGAGUCACCCCUCCUCAACGCCAACUGGGUGUAGCCCGGUACACACAAUGGGCCAUCAUACUGGAAGAUUUGGUAACGACCGACUCCGGUAAUUACACGUGCAAAGUGACCAACGAGAACGGAUGUAUUGAUUUCACUUAUAAGGUCGAAAUAAUAGAGCGGUUACACCAUCGUCCGGUGUUUACGGAAGCGCCUCACAACCUUACUUUGGUGUUGGGUGGUUCUGGUUCCUUGGCGUGCAAGGUGUUGUCGGACUUGCAUCCGUACAUCGGAUGGUAUAUUGGGGAAAUCACGGUGGAGAAUACUGAAAACUUAAACUUAACAACAAUGGUGAAGGUCGAGAACGGAGCUCCCAGCGAAGGGAACCCGGAAUUAUUGCAACUGUCCAACGUGACGCAUUUGGACGAAGGGUGGUAUACAUGCGUGGCCGGUAACAGUCUGGGAAUGAGCUACGCUAGUGCCUAUUUGAAAGUGGUCGACGAGUUGGAAGAUCCGAUAAAAAUCAAAGCUUUUCAAUUGCAAACGUACCAAUUGGCUGCUCUGGGCAUUAGCUUCGUACUGGUCAUUUUCGUGUGCGUCAUAAUGCUGGUGUGCAGUCAGAGGAAGAGGGAAAAAUUGAAGGAGUUGGUGGCUAGAGAAUCGGCUAGAAACGCAAUGAUCACUCAAUGGACCAAGAAAAUAAUCAUCGAAAAGCAACAGAUGGCCGAUGCCAGCGAACCAUUGUUGAUGCCUGUAGUGAAAAUCGAAAAACAAAAAAGUAAAUAUACAAAACUUGACCAGGCGUGCAUGUCCGAAUACGAGCUGCCUCUCGAUCCUUGUUGGGAAUUUUCAAGGGACAAUCUAUCACUAGGUAAAACUCUGGGCGAAGGAGCAUUCGGUAAAGUCUUGCGUGGGGAAGCCGAUGGAAUUUUGUGUGAAAAUGUAAUGCACACGGUGGCGGUAAAAAUGUUGAAAGACGGACACACUGAUACCGAAAUGAUGGAUUUAGUAUCGGAAAUGGAAAUGAUGAAGAUGAUCGGUAAACAUGUGAACAUCAUAAAUCUAUUGGGUUGUUGUACCCAAGACGGACCUUUGUAUGUGUUGGUGGAAUUUGCAUUACACGGUAAUCUCAGGGAUUUCUUGAGACAACACAGGCCAUCUUCAGGCUACGAACCGGCUAUCGGAUCAAACCUCAAAGACACCUUAACGCAAAAGGAUUUAGUAUCGUUUGCGUAUCAAGUUGCUAGAGGAAUGGAGUAUUUGGCGUCUAGAAAGUGUAUUCAUAGAGAUUUGGCAGCAAGAAAUGUCUUGGUAAGCGACGACUUCGUAAUGAAAAUUGCAGACUUUGGCCUAGCUAGAGACAUUCAAAAUCAAGAAUAUUACAGAAAAACUACCGAUGGAAGACUCCCGGUGAAAUGGAUGGCACCAGAAGCUUUAUUCCACAGAAUAUACACAAAUCAAUCUGAUGUAUGGUCUUACGGAGUGCUGUUGUGGGAAAUCAUGACCUUAGGAGGUACGCCUUAUCCUUCCGUGCCCAACAUGGAGCAGUUGUUCAAUUUGCUACAGAGUGGACAUCGUAUGGAGAAACCAUCUUGUUGUUCCCUGGAAAUAUACAUGAUAAUGCGGGACUGUUGGAGUUACCAUCCGAACGAGAGGCCCAUGUUCGACGAGCUGGUGGAGAGUCUCGAUCAGAUACUGUCGGUGACGGCCAACCAGGAGUACGUGGACUUCGGACUGCCUCAGCUGGACACGCCACCCACCAGUCAGGAGUCGUUCGAAGAAAACGUCCUGGUAAAUUUCGCCGUGUGA